GUUAGCCAUGUUUAUCCUCGGCUCGAGCCUUGUUAGCUCAGCGUCUCCAGAAAACUCCUCACUUUUUGUUACAAAAUGACAGCACUAGUAUUGCGCCACCUCACUCCCCUCCCUUCCUUUAUAAAACUCUCCCAAAAUCCCUCAAUCAAACACAGACGAUUCUCUCGACUAGCUUCAUUUUCAGUCAUGGCUUCUUCUACUAAAAAGGUAUUGGUUCCGAUUGCGAACGGGUCAGAGCCGAUAGAAGCUAUAGUGCCGAUAGAUAUAUUGCGGAGAGCUGGUGCGGAGGUUACUGUUGCUUCCGUUGAGAAGCAGCUUCAGGUUGAAGUAAUGCAUGGAAUUAAGAUAGUUGCUGAUGCUCUAAUUUCGGAUUGUGCAGAUACUGAAUUCGACCUUAUCUCUCUUCCGGGAGGGUUGCCUGGUGCUUCCAACCUUCGGAACUGCAAAACUUUGGAAAGCAUUGUAAAAAAGCAAGCUGAAAAUGGACGAUUUUAUGCUGCAAUAUGCGCUGCUCCUGCGGUAGCACUUGGACCAUGGGGGCUUUUGAAGGGGCUGAAAGCAACAUGUUAUCCAUCGUUUAUGGAGGAACUAUCUUCUUAUGCCAGUGCUGUUGAGUCAAGAGUCCAAAAGGAUGCAAAAGUUGUGACAAGUCGUGGACCGGGAACGGCCAUCGAGUAUGCUGUUGCAUUGGUUGAAGAAUUGUAUGGAAGUGAGAAGGCUAAUGAAGUUUCUGGCCCACUGGUGAUGCGCCCAAAUCACAGUGAAGAAUUUGCAUUUUUGGAGCUUAAUUCAGUAAAUUGGACAUGCACGAGUAAACCACAGAUUCUUGUACCUAUUGCAAAUGGUUCUGAGGAAAUGGAAGCUGCUAUUAUUAUCGACGUACUGCGGCGAGCAAACGCCCAAGUAGUAGUGGCAUCUGUGGAAGAUACAUUGGAGAUUGUUGCUUCCAGAAAAGUUAAACUAGUAGCAGAUGUGCUCCUUGAUGAAGCUGCUAAACAGUCUUAUGAUCUCAUUGUCCUGCCGGGUGGUCUUGGUGGUGCCGAAGCAUUUGCCAACUCAGCGAAGUUGGUUGACAUGCUGAAGAAGCAGAGAGAAUCAAGCAAACCAUAUGGAGCAAUGUGUGCAUCUCCUGCUCUAGUCCUCGAGCACCAUGGGCUACUCAAGGGUAAAAAGGCCACUGCCUUUCCAGCUUUGUGCAAUAAACUCACCGAUCCAAGUGAAGCAGAAAACAGGGUCGUGGUUGAUGGCAAUCUCGUUACUAGCAGAGGACCAGGAACUACCAUGGAGUUUGCGCUGGCCAUCGCAGAUAAGUUUAUUGGACGCGAGGAAACAUUAGAGGUAGCAAAGAAGAUGGUUUUCUAAAUAAAACUGUUUUGCCAGCGUCUCCUGUCUUCAGCAUUAUGCACCUAUAGUUGUAAACUUGUAGUAUAAGAGUAAUAAACUUUGCCAUCAGUAUGCACUUAAAAUGUAGUUGCAUGUAAUAAGUGGGUGUUUGCCAAACUGUGUCCGAAUUUUCCAUUCGCACGUGCUAAUUUCCUAGUCGAGGCACCCAUAGUUGUAAACUUGUAGUAUAUGAGUAAUAACCUUUGCCAUCA